AUAGUCUGAGACACCAAUCGGUGUAGGCACUGCGGUUCAUGGGCGGCCGCAUCUGCACACGUGACAACCUCAUCGAAUCGGACGCGAGACAGCAGAACGGCCUUAUUUGCAUGCGGUGCCUAUAAAGGGAAGGGCCCAGCACACUAACGCUUCAGUGUUCAUCACCUUCUCCUGCGUUGCGUGUUGAAAAGAAAGCAGACGCGAUGCCUGAUCCAGCGAAAUCUGCGCCUGCGCCGAAGAAAGGCUCUAAGAAAGCUGUUACGAAGACUCAGAAAAAAGACGGGAAGAAACGCAAGAAGAGCAGAAAGGAAAGCUACGCGAUUUAUGUCUAUAAGGUACUGAAGCAGGUGCAUCCAGACACUGGCAUUUCCUCCAAGGCCAUGGGCAUCAUGAACUCGUUUGUCAACGAUAUCUUUGAGCGUAUUGCCGGGGAAGCUUCACGCCUAGCCCAUUACAACAAGCGCUCCACCAUCACUUCCCGGGAGAUUCAGACUGCUGUACGCCUCCUCCUUCCUGGAGAGCUGGCCAAGCACGCUGUGUCAGAGGGCACCAAGGCUGUUACCAAGUACACCAGCGCCAAGUAAAGUUCUUUGUUCUCUCUCUUUAAACAAAGGCU